AAUCCAGCAUCGCCACCUUCCGUGUCGAAUGGGCGUGGAACUCCUCGCACGCUGACUGGUGGAUCUACCACUUAUGACAGCUACGAUACUCAAGUGAACUUCCUCAACUCUAUCAUUAUCGACCUGCACGCAAAAAAUGCUGAACUAGAGCAACGGCUUCGUGACGCCAUUGAACAUGCUGGCGGAGUCGGCACCGGUGAAAAGUCAGGGUGA